GUGGGAACUGCAGACACUGCUUAUAUUGCCCUGCAGUGUUUUUGAAUGAUAGCAAUUUCUUCCUUUGUAAAGAAAGGAGCUUUUAGUGGAUUUUGAAGUCUGUUUUUUAAUCUUCUUUCAUCUCCUUUCACUCUAAAAACUAAACUAAGGAUGUGAGAGGUAUACCAUUUCCCUUCCCUUCCCACCUGAGAGCUGUGAUUUUUCAGAAGCAGAGAUGGAAAUGGCCUUUGAUUGCUGCAAAGGGGCAACUGUGACGUCUUCCUGGGAAGUUGGGCACAGGGAAAGAUCAAAUGCUCUGAUUUUAAGUCCAUUGUGUGUGUUCACAGCGUACAAAUGGCACUUGAGCUAAAUGCUACUUGUGUUCACCUUGGAAGAAAAUCAAAUGGGCAAGCAUAUACUCAGAAACACUGGACAUAGAAUCUGUAGGAAUUACUGAAAUUGGAAGGACAGCACUGCAGUAUCGACGGUAUCAAGUGGGUAUCGCUGCUCAGAAUCUGCCUUCGCAAUGCACCCUCUGAUGCGGACUGCGUCCGUCAUUGCUGUCACUUUGUUUCUUGGUGGGGCAGUCUCCGUGGACGCUGACCACAGCCACCUCAGUAGCUUUUCCUGGGAUAACUGUGAUGAUGGGAAAGAUCCUGCAGUCAUCAAAAGUCUAACGCUGGAACCUGAUCCCAUUGUCAUUCCUGGCAAUGUGACCAUCAGCGCUGAGGGCAAGACCAGUGAAUUGCUCAGCUCUCCGCAGAAGGUGAAAUUAACUUUGGAGAAGAAAGUGGCAGGCAUCUGGAUCAAGAUCCCCUGUGUGCAACAAUUCGGCAGCUGCACCUAUGACAUCUGUCAUGUGCUGGACAAUUUCGUUCGCCCUGGGAAGCCCUGCCCACAGCUACUAGAAACAAAUGGGAUUCCAUGCCAUUGUCCCAUCGCAGAAGGCACCUAUUCAUUGCCCAGCAGCACUUUCACAUUGCCUGCGCUGGUGCUGCCCAACUGGCUCGUCUCUGGGAACUAUUACAUUGAGGGCGUCCUGAGCAACGGCGAGCAGCGUUUGGCUUGUGUCAAGAUCUCGGUCUCUGUAACGGGUUCAAAGCAACCACCAAAAGGAUAGCUGAAUUUCUCAACUCUUCAGUUGUGGUCAAGAUGUAAUAUUUAAGAAUCAACAGAGGAAGCUUCUUAGGAUGAGAUUUUUAUCAUCAAUAUCACCUUUAUUUUUAGCAACUGGUAUUCAUCAACUGACUAUAAAAUAUUUAUAUGAAGCCUGUGUCCUCUGG